AUGUCAAAUACCCUUCCUCCGGUGUCCCACCUCACCUCCUCGCUAAAUGUGCUUCCUCCCAACAGGCCUCUUCCCCCAGUCUACUACAGAGCUCCUCAGCACUCAAUUCCUUCCCAGCACUCAAUUCCGCCUCAGCACAUCCCCCAGCUCACCCCGGCCGUGCCAGUGUGGGCCCGCUUGCCGGAACCUUACUAUGAGCUUCCCCCUCCACAGUACUACCCGGGCCCUCUGCUCGUGCAAUAUUCGUUGAACCAGCCUCCUGCGGCUCCUCGAACCCACGAUUACCGUUUUGUCGAAGACCAUAAGCCCCGCAAGAAGCAGCGCAAGGAACCACAUACCCUGGUGUUCCGCUUCCAGGACUCCUUCAAAGACUCGUACAAGCACGGCAAGCGCCUUUUCCCGGACUCCCAUGAAAAGUACCCUGUCACGCUGCUCCAGGACGCAUUGCAGGCGGUUCCUCCACAACAUGCUCAUGAUCUCCAGGAAAACGUCUACCCAUCCAUCGUCACCAAGAAGUACAGUGCUUCUGCUCUCGGGGCCAACCGUUCCCACUUGCUAGUUUACGAGUACCCCUUGGCCACGCAAUGGGUCAUCUGGGACUACGAAACAGGCUACACGCAUCUCACGGGCUUGUGGAGGGCUGCUCUUCACGAACAUGCGCUUCAUAAGAACAAGAACGGCGUGGUCCACGUGAAGCCCAAUGCCAAAGCCGAUAUCGUGAAGCUUCUCGAGUCCACCCCUCAGGCCUUGCACCCAUACAUCAAGCGGGUCCGUGGUGGGUUCUUGAAGAUCCAGGGCACCUGGGUGCCUCACAGCUUGUGCAAGCGCUUGGCCAGAAGCUUCUGCUACUACAUCCGGUACCAACUCGUCCCCAUUUUUGGUCCCGACUUCCCCGACCUCUGUCUUGGUCCAGACGACCCAGGCUUUGGCGAACUCCGCUUCGACGCCUGUGGUGACGAAUUCCAUCUCGACACGCCUGCUGGCUCAGAACUGUGUCCCAUCUCCCCCACCCUGGCCCCGGACCUGGCUUCCUCCACCAGCAGCAACGAAACCCCCCACUCCACCCAUUUCGAUAAUUACUCCACCCGGCCCAAGACGGAAAGACUGGGGAGUAUACUGUCGCAGCCGUCAUUUCUGCUGGUGUCGCUGGGUCUGACGAACGUGUCGCUGCCUGACCGUCCGGCGGCGAAAAGAGACGACGAGCUGAGAAUGUCCUACGCUGACAUGGUAGAUAUUGUGAAUGCCUCCAAGUGCCUUCAAAGGCUACGCCAAGGUCUGGGAAGCGACCAGGAAUGA